AUGUCAGUUCUGGUUGAAAGGAGCAUGGGGGAGUUGAAUGAGGAGCAGAGACCUACUAUGUAUCCACUGUUCCAAAAAGGAUCCAAGUCGCAACCCCAGACGAGCACCGAGCAGCCACAAGAUUCUCCCUUCCUACAUGAGGCUCAGGCAAAUAGAGCACCUAAGAAGAAAGGUCCAGGUCGGCCGAGCAAGAGGACGAUGUCAGCGGGAUCAACCAGCUCUGAACAACCCAAUUCAACAGUACAAACUCCGGAUGAUACCCAUGACGCCGAGUUACUGGAGGUCGACCCGAAUAGUGGUAGGAGGAAGAGGAGGAAAACCAAAUCUCCUUCUGGAAAGUUGGCCUUCUCAAACGCAGAUAUAAUAAAUCAAAGCACUAGAGAUGGGCUUGGCUCCGUGACGGCAGAUUUUAGAGGACCACAGGAUAUACCAAUACCUACUCACGAUUUACUAGACCUGAGGUCUAAGCUACCUGAAGAGAUUCCGAUUUCUAAUGGAAGGAUUCAUGGGACUAGUGGCCAGAGAAUGUCGACUUCGGCGUCAGGGAAGGAUGUAAUCUGCAUCGAUGAGGACGAUACAACUGUCCGGAUGUUCAUGCCUCCAAUGAAUGGGACAUCAGCACAGGCAGGUGAGUUCCACGAGUUAUUACAUACAGUCUCCUCAGAUCCACAACAAGAUCCGAAUGUCAACAAAACGAUAAUUGGACUGGCCCCUACCAAGCCAACAAAGAUACUUCAUUUUAAUUCCAAGACGGGUACCAUUGGAUCUCCGCCUGCUAAGAAGAUCCCCCCAGCUGCGGAAAUGGACAAGCCAAGGUUAAAAACGGCUCGUGGACGUCGUCCCAAGACUAUGAUGUUGACAAUCCGUUAUGGCGACGGUCAAAACUUCCCAUCAAGUCUAGGACAGAAGAUCGAGCAAAUCCUGAGCAGCCCGUUGAAGGUCCAGCCGCCGAAGCAAGAGCAAGAAUUUGCAGCGAAACCAAAGCCUUCCAAAUCUUGCCCCCCGAGACCUCCAAAACCUGUCCACCCAUUAUUCUUGGGAAAAGCCGCCCAGAAGAACCAGAUCCCGCAAACCCCUACAGCAAGCGACAACAACAUCAUCGAUCUCACGGGCAACCAAGACCCGGCAGCUCAAUCUAGGGCAAGAUUGGCUACCCAGCAGAAAGCGCCGUCUGCCAACAAACCUUCGGUAACUUUCUCUGGAUUCGGAAGUAUCUCAAAGCUUGUCAAAUUCCCAGGUGCUGUCGAGCCUGCAUGGCCAUGGAAAGGCAUGGUUCAUGUUCGAGGAGCCGAAGCUAUUCCGGAGACCAUCAAUACAGCCAUGGCCUCCUUUCCUGUCACUUCAAGCCUCAAGAAGUCGAAGUAUCAAGCUACCCGCAUUUCUGGCAUCGAGAAUGUUAUCGAUAAUCUGGCAGCAGACUUGUCCAUCCAGAACGUGGUUCAAAGUAUACAAGAUAUCAACCCAGACGAAUAUCCUGCCAUUCCUCAGUGCCUCAGGAUUCCUACGAAGCAUUACGAAUCGGGACUCGAUAUCCAGAAGCGAGUCCGGAAGCUGGUUCGAACACACUUGCCCCCACCACUAGCAGCACCUGUAAGUUUCAGCGAGGAUGAAGUGCAGAUCGACGGAGUUCACCCUGCAUUGUUAAGGGUAUAUUCGUCUAUUGCAACAUCCAUGUCUGCUUUCGACAAGGGCCAAUGUGAAACCCAGACGUGGGCUCAUAAGUACUCGCCAAAGUGUUCAGCUGAGGUCCUACAAAAUGGUCGUGAGGCCGAUGUCUUGAAAAACUGGCUCCAGGCAUUGACGGUACAGUCUAUCGAAAUUGGUUCUGGUGGGAAGGCUAAUUCUGGCUUGAAAUCCGAGAAUGCUCCAAAGCGAAAACGCAAAUCAAAGAAACUUGACGACUUUGUGGUAGCGACUGACGAAGAAGACAACGACUUAGAUGAAAUAACGGAGCCGGAAGAUGAGGUUCCCAGCAGUAACCCUCGACAGGAGAAAAGGACGGUUGUCAGAGGUAGAGAUGCAGCUGCGCAAGGGACCAAAGUCGCAAACGCAGUCGUGUUGAGUGGGCCACAUGGAUGUGGGAAGACUGCAGCUGUUUAUGCUGCGGCAAAGGAGCUUGGCUUUGAGGUCUUCGAAAUCAACGCUGGUGGUCGGCGGAGCGGAAAGGACAUUUUGGAGAAGGUUGGCGACAUGGCACGCAAUCAUCAGGUACAGCGUUCAAGCGCACCAACAGAGGCCGACGGGUCCAGUGAGGACAGAGAGCGGAUCGACAACGCCCUCGCUGACGACCUUAAGAGUGGUCGUCAAGGGAAGAUGGACUCAUUCUUCAAGUCUCAGCCUGCCAAAUCGACGCCGAAACCGAAAGCCAAAGUAGCCUCCGCGACGAAAGUCGACAGUGCCAAAGGCGUGAAUACUGCCAAGGUACAGAUGGUCAUGCCUGACAUUGCAAAGAACGGCAUAUUCUCGAAGAUGUCAUCGAAGAAACAACAGCAAUCGUUAAUUCUUAUUGAAGAAGCGGAUAUCUUGUACAAGGAGGACGCCCAAUUUUGGACAACCAUCUUGAACCUCAUUGCAACAUCUAAGCGACCGAUUGUCAUAACUUGCAACAAUGAGUCAGUUAUUCCAAUGAAUGAUCUGAAAUUACACGCUACCAUACGCAUGGCGCCUCCACCUGUCGAUCUUGCUGUUGACUACCUUCUCCUAGUUGCUGCUUGCGAGGGGCAUAUCAUCAAGCGAAAAGCAGCCAAAGAACUGUAUGAGGGCCGCAAUUGGGAUCUUCGUGCGUCCUUGUACGAGCUCAAUUUCUGGUGCCAGUUUGCUGUUGGCGAUGUGAAGGGUGGCCUCGAUUGGUAUUAUCCUCGAUGGCCAGCUGGUAAUGAUGUUGAUGAGCAUGGUAAUGUUAUUCGAGUUUUGAGUGAAGGGACAUAUGAAACAGGCAUGGGGUGGCUAUCACAAGACUACCUCGAAAGUCACGUCCAUUACCUUGACAUCGAGGAGGAGACACUCCAUGAGGCUUGUAAUGAAUGGGGUGUAGAUCUUGGAGACUGGGUUGAAAACAUCGGCGUUGAAAAAUGGGCCAACAAGCUGCGGGAUAAUUCCAACGGCAAACGGGACGAGCUUGCUGCACUGAAUAUGUAUGCUGAUUUUGCUGAGUCAAUGAGUGUCGCGGAUCUGGUUUCUGGUGGAACAUUUGCACCAGAAAAUCAGAUUGCACUCGAUGUCUCUAUCCCAAAGCUGUCGAUGAAGGCUCGAGAUGACUAUACACUAGCUUUUGAGCUCAAGGAGGCUCCGGCUCUGGUGACUUACAACACUACAAGCAAGGACAUCGCACUGUAUAUGAAGUCACGCGUACGGAAUAUUCUACAUCUUGACCAGCAUUUACAACAUAAUUUUGAAGUGCCUACGGAGCUUGACCGUCCUAGCGAAGCUACCAUCCUGCGCCUCAUCCGCGACCAAACCACUUCUCCUAGUGAGAAGCUUGACCGGUUCGACUUCAGCUCAGCUUUCGAUCCCAUCGCCGCAAGUGAGAAGUAUGUCUGGUCAACGUCGUUGGAAGCUUCGAGCUUUGACCGCACAUUCACUUUGAUUGUCGAAGACUUGGCUCCAUACGUUCGCUCUAUCGUUGCAUAUGAUGUUCGACUCCAGCAAGACCGUCUCAAACUCAGCAGUCUGAUGAGUGAAGGCGGCAAAAGACCUGGCAAGAGAAUGCGAACUACACGAGCUGCGAUGUCUGCACUCGAAGGUGGAGCUAGAGUCUCUACACGACGAGACAGGUACUUCAAUGCUACGUUGAACUCCAACUGGGUCCUCAGGACGGGCAUGGACAGUUGGACAGAAGCUGCACUGUGUGAAAUGGAAAGUGCUGAAGCCCCGACCUCGAGCAGGAGAUCGAGUAAAGCUAGCUUGGAAGGCACAGAAAAAGAAGAGAGCGGCAGAGAUGGAUUGAUGGGGCAGUCCUUGAUGGUACUAUAA